AUUCCUGGGUUUUUUUCCCCCUCAGGGAGGAGGAAUUCGUGGAUCUGAGCAAGGAAUUCGAGCCCAGCCUGGUGAACAGCACAAUUUACAUCCUGUCCAUGGCCAUGCAGAUGGCCACCUUCGCCAUCAACUACAAGGGCCAUCCGUUCAUGGAGAGCCUCGUGGAGAACAAACCCCUCCUGUGGAGCCUCCUCCUGUCUGGAAUUGCCAUCCUGGGGCUCCUCUGCGGCUCCUCCCCGGAAUUCAACCUGCACUUCGGCCUCGUCCACAUCCCCACCGAGUUCAAAGUGGUGAUCUCCCAGGUGGUGGUUGGCGAUUUCCUGCUGGCUCUUUCCGUGGAUCGACUCCUGCAAUUCCUGCUGGGAAGCUCCAAGCUCCAAGUGCCUUCCUGAGGGGCAAUUCCCAAUUUUUUUGGUUCUUUCCCUCCCCUCCCCCCAAUAAAAAUUCCCAACAAUCUGAAA